UACAACUUGAGGUGUGUUUCUGGAGUCAAAGGUAUGGACACGCAUGCAGUGCAGCAGAGGGAUCACCUGUCUGCAGCGGGUAGCUAGCCAUGCCUAUCUAGGUGUCUCACUCUGCUGGACUCAUCCCUUCUGCCUGACUCUUGGUGACCUCCGGGACCAUGGGGGAAAGACGCGCACACUCCCUUCACAUGACGUGCCACGUGCAACGCGACUAUGGCAGCAGGAUGGGGAGCUCCUACAUAAGCUGCAGACCCAAUGGAUGUGCCAGCUCGAGUCUCAACCUCGGCCCGGACCGGGAGACGGACGCUGACCCUGCGGCCUCCAGCGGCGCCUCGACAGCUACUUCUACCCUACGGGCUCCCGCACUUGACCGGAGCUGCUACUCUCCUGUUUCACUGGAACUUGACCCCACGGCGGUGAAUAAUGGAUCAGGCAUUCCCUGCUGUCCUCCAGCGGACCCAAGGAUCCAAGCGUCUCAGUCCAUACAGAGCCAGCCCUCCAUCACCUCUGUCCCUCUACCUCCAGCGGACCUAAGGAUGCAAGCGUCUCAGUCCAUACAGAGCCAGCCCUCCAUCACCUCUGUCCCUCUACCUCCAGCUCUCCCUCGUUCGAGCUGGAUGCGUCAUCAUCAAAAGCAAUUCCAUAGCCCUUACAUCAAGACCAGCAUGCAGGGGGAUGUUUACAACUUCCUAGAGAGACCCGCUGGAGUGAAAUGCUUCCUCUACCACUUCCUCGUCUUCGUCAUGGUCCUGGUGUGUCUUAUCUUCAGCGUCCUGUCCACUAUAGAGCAAUAUGCAGAGUUCGCCACCGGAACCCUCUUCUGGAUGGAGAUUGUGCUGGUGCUGUUCUUUGGCACAGAGUAUGCGGUCCGGCUGUGGUCGGCAGGCUGUCGCAGCAAAUAUGCAGGCAUCAAAGGACGCCUCCGCUUUAUCAGGAAGCCCAUAUCAAUCAUAGAUUUGAUAGUGGUCAUUGCCUCAAUCAUAGUGCUUGGUGUAGGUUCCAAUGGUCAAGUGUUUGCCACGUCUGCCAUCAGGGGCAUCCGUUUCCUCCAAAUCCUGCGCAUGCUGCAUGUGGAUCGACAGGGAGGAACGUGGAGGCUCCUGGGAUCUGUAGUCUUUAUUCAUAGACAGGAGCUGAUCACCACCCUCUACAUCGGGUUCCUGGGCCUGAUCUUCUCCUCCUACUUUGUCUACUUGGCGGAGAAGGAUGCUGUGGAUGAGGAGGGCAAGACGGGCUUCUCCAGCUACGCCGAUGCCCUGUGGUGGGGCGUGGUGACUGUCACCACAAUCGGCUACGGAGACAAAAUUCCUCAAACGUGGAUAGGGAAGGCCAUUGCCUCCUGCUUCAGCGUCUUCGCCAUCUCCUUCUUCGCUCUGCCUGCUGGUAUCCUGGGCUCAGGGUUUGCCCUGAAGGUCCAACAGAAGCAAAGACAGAAGCACUUCAACAGACAGAUCCCCGCUGCAGCCUGCCUCAUCCAGACCCUUUGGAGGUGCUACGCAGCAGAGAAACCCAACGGCUGCGCUGUCACAUGGAAAAUGUAUGUUCUAACUCCAGAGGCCGUCACCAGAGUGGAACCGGACAACUUCAGCCCUCAUGUCAGGAUACUGAACAUAUCGAAAAAGGGGACCAAGAGGAGGUUGAAGUCCAGAGUUAACGACCCUAUGGGCGUGGCCUCAGAGAGGGCCGUAUCGAUCCCCCAGAUCAUCUACAAUCACAUUGAUGACUCCGAGGAGAAGAAAGAUGCCUCAUAUUUCCUGGAAAAGCCAAGAGUUGCUGUUGAAGGAGUCACCGGAACGUUCAGACAAACAGUGAAGGUGAAUCAUGAUCGCAGCACCUCCGUUGACAUCUCCCGCACCAACAGCGUGUCAGAUGAGCUGGACUACAUGACUGAAGACAUUCCCCUGCCGGUGGUGAAAGCUCAGUUGUCCCAUGCCCAGAGGUCGGCUGUAAAAGUCCUCCGCAGAAUGCAGUACUUUGUGGCCAGGAAGAGAUUUCAGCAAGCACGGAAGCCCUAUGAUGUGCGAGACGUGAUCGAGCAGUAUUCCCAGGGUCACCUCAACAUGAUGGUCCGCAUCAAGGAACUGCAGAGAAGGCUGGACGGCACACUGGGGAAGCCAGGAAUGUUUCUUCCAGGAAAAGGGGAAGAUAAAGAAUACCCAACUAUUGGAGCGCGAUUGAUCAGGCUGGAAGAUAAGGUCCACCAGAUGGACAACAAUAUGAACUCGAUCCUGCGGAUCCUGAUGGAGCAGUUUCCACCCAAGCCGGUGCUGACAACCACGCCCUCCAUCCGCAGGGUGACAAUCCAGAAACGCAUGGGUGCCAGCAUCGACGAGGACCUCUGAUGUCGCAGCGACGGACGAACUGGAAUGGUCAUAACCGAAGGAGAAUUAAAGGACCAGCCUGCAAACCAUUCUUUCUCCAUUCUCCAAAACCUUCUUCCAUUUGCAAUCAAAACAUUUUCUCACUGACUUUUGACAGCGGAAAAAAGAACAACAUUUAAUUGUCCACUUGGCGCUGCAUUGCUCUAGGACAUGAGGCCAAGAGUAUCAUUGGGAGUGAGAUUGUUGGUGUAGAAAGAAGGCUAACUGACCAACUCCUUCUGAUGAUUGUUGGCCCUUGAUGGGUCUUUUUCAUGUUGACUUAAUGUAGCGUUCUUUCCUACACCAGCAUUGUGAGUCUUCUCCCAGCAGGACACAGUCAUUCAAGCAGUAACGGGCUACAUACAUUUCUUUCUCUACAUUAGCCUCAUAAUCACACUAGUCAGAUAAUGUUAAUUUAUGUGUGGCCUGUCACUGAGCUGCAUUCCUCUACUCCAAAUAUUAUUCCAAAGCUAACUAACCCAGUAAUGAAGUCUUAAUGCAAUCAAAGCACCCAGUUCCCCAAAGACACAGAGAAAAAGUGAGAGUUCAGCCAUGGCAGAGGAAUUCCCUCCAAUCCUUCUGAUUAUCUUGGCACCAUCAGCAUCCAGUACACAACAGGGUUAUUU